AUGACGGGAGAUUCUGGCAUUAGUAACGAUUACGGCCAGCUACCUGUAUCGUCGUCUGCAAUCCUAGGUCAACCGUCACGAAACCCAGUGAAGACGACCACGGCUCGGAAAGUGACGCCUACAUCAGUGCCGCAUAUAAUGAAUGAAGAUCAUUCGCAUUUACUUGCGAACAAGUGGCUUUCUGCGAAUAAGCUGAACGAACUAGCAAAAACCAUUGGUCUCGAAUACAAGAAAGGCAAAUUCUCGACUUCAGAAGAGAUUCUCCUUAAAAAUGCCAUUGAAACUUAUCGUAUACGGAACGGCCUAUCGCCAGAACAAUUGAAAGAGUUGAUCUUUGCAAAGGGCCAAAAGAGCAAAGAUAACGCAUUUUGGUUUGAAAUCACCGCACAAGUCCCUUUACGACCCGUCGUUGCAGUCUACCAUCAUGUCCGCCGGGCAUUCCAUCCGUUGAAGCAACAAGGGAAGUGGAUGCCCGCCGAAGACGAUGUCCUUAGACAGGCCGUUAUCGAACUCGGCCAAACUUGGGAGAAGGUCAGCGAGCGCGUUGGUCGCAUGGCUAGCGAUUGUCGUGAUCGCUGGAGAAAUCAUAUUAAUAAUCGCGAGGGCCGUAUUUUCGGUGCAUGGACGAAGGAAGAGGAGGAACGCUUGACGCAGAUUGUCCUGGAACUGACGACUGCACAGGGUAGAAACCCUGAUUUGGAUGUUUUCUGGACUCAGGUCGCGGUAAGGAUGGGAAAUACUCGUGGUCGACAUCAGUGCCGUAUUAAAUGGACCGACUCCCUAAGUAAGACUGUCAAAAAUGACGGCCAAAAACCUCGGUGGAGCCAACAGGACGCGUACAUUCUUGUACAUAAAAUUGCUUCCUUGAAUGUCAACGACGACUCUGAGAUCGACUGGAAGCUCCUUGUCGACGACGAUUGGAACUUAUGGAGCGCACACACCUUACAACGCCGCUGGAUGACGCUCAAGCGUAGUGUUCGCGGCCAUGAGGAAAUGUCGCACCAAGAAAUCAUGGACAUUCUCCGUGUUAAAAAGUCACACCCACCACCGCCAAAUCCACCUCCCGCACGAAGCCGUGUAAGGAGCGCCCGAGAAGUACCCGCUGAUGCAACAGCAUCGGAUGUAGCUAUUGAAGAUACUUUUCCGCCGACGGGUGCCACUGGCUUGAGUGAUAUGCCCGCUGUGGCAUUCGCUGGAGGGCCUAAUGACACUAACCAGCCGCAACCUCAAAUCGGUAACUUUACACAAGAAUCCCAUCCUCAUCCAGGACCUCUCCAGGCGGUCCCUACUGAAGCAGCUGGACAAGGGUCAAAGGAUGACGAAUUUUCCAGUGACAGCUCCUCUUCGUCAGACAGUAAAGACGAUUCUUCUCGUAGUGAUUAG